UUUGGAAAACGAAAUCAAUAUCCAAACACUGAAAAUUUCAAGUGCCGGAAUUAUUUUUCGCAAUUAUUCGAUCAAAACACUUACAUUAAUUAAUUACAGAUCAAAAUAAUACUUUAAUGAAUUAAUAUAAGCUCUCAUGUUUUAUGGAAAAAAUAAUCUACUUGGAGUACAUCAUAGCAGUAGCUAUUCGUUACUGGUUAUUCGAGUCCGACUACAAUGCAUCUCUAGCUAAUCGAAUCGAAGUUUCAACCCCUUUGAAUGCUUGGAAAAGAGUGAUUGAAGGAGUGGUUCUUUUCAAUGAUGGCACGAAUCCGUACAUCGGUGAUAUGUUUCACGAAUCACCCUUGGUGUUGCUGUUUUUCAGUUGGAUAACGAAGAAUUUCUCCAUGCAAUGGAUCAAUGUAUUCUUCAUUUGUUGUGACAUGUUGACUUCGUUUAUUUUAUACAAAGCGUCCAAAGUGUAUCUACUAGAAUUGUUCCAGCGUCAAAAGCAAGAUAAAGAUACUUACGCCGAUGAUGUCGACGAAGCUCUGCUGAAAGAUGAAGACAGCGUAGUCACUCCUCUAUAUGUACUAUCUGCGUACUUAUUCAAUCCUUACUGUGUACUGAAUUGCAUAGCCAAAACAACCACAGUUCUUUCAAAUCUUUUUUUAUCAUUCGUUUUUUAUUCGAUGCUAAAAGGCAAUGCGUUACUGUGUUGCGCAGCGUUAGCACUUUGUACUCUACAGUCAUUGUAUCCAGUCAUUUUGAUAGUUCCAGUAUGUUUAUAUAUUUUCAAGAUAUCUAAAAAUAGAAGUAUUUUUAACGCUGUACUGCCAGUCGUGUAUUUCGCCGUUUCUUUAAUUAUUUUCUUAUACUCGUGUCAUAUCAUCGUUGGAGAUUGGAGUUUCAUCGAUUCAACGUUCAAUUUCAUAUUAAACGUACCAGAUUUGAGACCAAACAUAGGUCUAUUUUGGUAUUUUUUCACCGAAAUGUUCGAACACUUCAGGCCGUUGUUUUUGUGUUCAUUUCAAAUCAACGCUACCAUACUGUACUUAUCAGCACUUAGUAUACGUUUACGUAACGAACCAGUCCUAUUGGCAGCCACUUUGACCGCUCUGAUCGCUAUAUUUAAAUCAUAUCCGAGUAUCGGUGAUGUUGGAUUUUACAUAGCGUUGCUACCAAUGUGGAAACAUCUUUUCCAAUUUAUGCAGCAAGGAUUCAUAGUGACUUGCUUUUUCGUCGGUUGCUCGAUGUUUGCUCCUACAGUUUGGCAUUUAUGGAUAUACUCGGGUUCUGCUAAUGCUAAUUUCUACUUCGGUGUAACUCUAGCCUUCGCUACCACGCAGAUAUUCUUGGUGACCGAUUUAUUAUUCGCAUACAUCAAAAGAGAAUUCAUGUUAAAACACGGAAUCACAAAGUCUAUCGAAGGAAGGGAUGUUAAAUUGGUAUUAGAUUGAACGAUCCGAGAAGUGGUUUUUUUAUGUAAUUUUUUUUUUACACUCGUACAUAAGUUUUUUUGCGCUAUUUAAUAAUAAACAAAUAUUAUUUUUAUCGUUUUGAUAUAA